GUUGUCCCUCUUCUCCCAUCUCUUUCCCCCACGCCGCAGCGCAGGCCGCAACAUAACGAAACCACGUUAACCCGGAUGACGUUAAAUGAGGAGUACCUGUCCCAGGCAUGAAGGGAGACAGGGGCCGUCGGAAGCAGCGUUCGCCCUCGUUCUGUGCUUGCUGGUGGUGGCCCCCCUGGAGACCCAGGCCGAGGCUGAUCUCAAAGACUGUCGCAAUAUCUCCAGGGCAGUGUCUGAAGGAGACACUGUGGUUAUUCCAUUGAACACAUCAAAGAUGAUGGACGUGUACAAAUGGAACUCCUCCAUUUCCACCUGGGAAUUAGUUCUUAUCUAUAAUGGAAAGUCUCAUUCUGGGAAACGUCCCUUCACAGAUCAGCUCACUGUAUCCCAGGAGCAGUUCACAGUGAUGAACGUGAGCAGAGAGUUACAAGGAGUCUAUAUGGUUACCUUAUACCUGUCUGAGAAAUGUGUGGCUCUCAUCAACCUGACAGCGAGGGCUCCUAUGGCACCUCCAUCGGUUAUACCCGGGAACGAAGCUCCUGCAGCCCAUCCAGCUUUAUGGGCUCUAUUCCCCACUCUGAUUAUUGCUGCAAUAGUCAUUUACUUGGCUGUAAAAAGAUUUUGUCCAAGAAGAGAUGGAUCAAGAGCCAGUGUAUUCUAUCCUGUCUUCAGGAGAAGAGGAAGGAAUCCAAAUCAGAACAGAAGAAUGUAAAAAUCAGGGAACGACAGGAAAGGUUAGUUGAGAGAGCCUGGAGCUACUGCUAAAGUCUGAGCGGCUCCUUCCUAAAAGACAAAACAAUAAAACACGCACAAGAAGUAAAAAUAAAGAACAGCAAUGAGAGAAAAUGCAGCUUUUGUCUUUGGUGUUACCUCUCACAUGUGACCUCUGCUGGAGAAACACAGACAUAGAUCUUAUUAGCCACUCCAAGACCUGGCAAAUUUGAACCAGCGUUGGGCUGGGAUAGGGCAUUGAUUUUAGCUGCCUCUUUCUUGUCACAGGCUUACAGCAGUGUUGCAAAAUAAACAGUUUUAAACAGAAGGCAAAAGAAGAGGGACAGGAAAGAAAAGAAGUAAGGUGAGGAAGUAAAAGGAGGCACAUGGAGUUGGGGAGACAAAGUCUCGCAUUGCGGUUUAGGAAUUAGCUGGAGACCGUAGGCGUAGAAAUGUCAUCUGGGUCCCUCUCUCCAGCCCACUGGUCUGGACAUCUCUCAGGAUCAGGAUAACAAAAGCCCAAUGAGGUUAUGGUGGAUCCCCAGAGUCUCAGGAGACGGUGUGAUGGUGAAGCUUGCACUUACUAGAAGUGAGGUUUUUACCCACGAAAGCUUAUGUCCAAAUAAAUCUGUUAGUCUUUAAGGUGCCACCAGACUCCUUGUUGUUUUUGUAGAUACAGACUAACACGGCUACCCCCUGAUACUUGCUCCUUACUGUUCUCCUGUCUUUGUCAGCCAACGUUGCCGUUGUUUUUCCUCCUAAAGUCUUUUCUUUUAAGGAGCCCAAAAGGGAAGGGUGGGUAGCAUAUCUCAUCUCCUCAUUAUUUUGUCCACCAGUUAGGUCUAAUUUCUGA